GGUCUCGGUCGUAGUGGGCGGUCGCAAGAGAGCAGAAAUUUCGAUUUUAAAUAAAAGCAAACACCCGACAAUGGCGUCUAACGAUUAUUCUCAGACGGCAGCACAAGGGUAUGGACCUUAUGGUGCUCAGACUGGUCAAGGCUAUACCCAGCCAGCUGCCCAAGCCUAUGGCCAGCAGAGCUACAGCAGCUAUGGGCAGUCCUCGGACACCAGUGCAGCAGCUUACAGCCAAGGAGGGUAUAGCUCCACCUAUGGACAGACCCAGACAGGUGGCUACGGCGCCCAGCCUGCCUCUCAAGGCUACAGCCAGUCCAGUCAGGCGUAUGGAGCCGCUGGUUACGGGAGCAGCCAGCCCUCCCAGAGCAGCUACGGACAGCAGUCCUCAUACCCGGGCUACGGGCAGCAGCAGCCAGCCUCCGCGUCCUCUGCCACCAGCUACAGCAGUGGCUCCCAGGCUCCCUCUGGUUAUGGGCAGCCCCAGAGUGGAGGUGGAGCCGGGGCCAAUGCUGGGGCCGCCACAGGGGGGGGUUAUGGCACCCAGGGGGGCUAUGCUGGGCAGGGUCAGGGGCAGCCCCCCCAGCAGGGAGGAGCUAGCGGAGGGGGAGGAGCAGCAGGACACUACAGCCAACAGCCCAGCUACAACACCCCUCCACCCCAGAGCUACAGCCAGCAGCAGGGGCAGUACAGUCAAGGAGGAGGAGGAGGAGGAAGUGGGGCAGGAGGUAUGGGAAAGGCUCCUUUACUAAACCACACACACUCCAGUUACAGUGCUGGUGGGGGGGCGCCCCCUCCUGGCUCUCAGGCGCACACGACCGGCAGCAGUGGCUACAGCAACCAGCAGCAACCACAUCCCGGCUACCCCAGCCCACACCCUGCGCACGCUUACGGGAGCCACCAGUACGGAGCUGCGGAAGGGUACGGUCAGGAGCCUCCCCAGAUGGGAGGGGGCUAUGGGGGUCCCGAAUCUGGAGGGUAUGGAGGGCAAGACAGCAGAGGCCGGAGCAGGGGCGGUGGUUUUGGAGGAAGGGGAGGAUUCGACAGGGGAGGAAGGGGAGGACCCCGAGGAAGAGGGGGCAUGGGCAGUGGAGACAGAGGUGGCUUCAAUAAAUUCGGUGGACCUAGAGAUCAAGGACCUGGAGGGCCGGUCCCUAUGCCAGAACAGGAUAACUCUGAUAACAACACGAUAUUUGUGCAGGGCUUGGGGGACAGCUGCACUGUGGACUCUGUGGCUGACUUCUUCAAGCAGAUUGGCAUCAUCAAGAUUAACAAGAAGACUGGCCUGCCCAUGAUCAACCUGUACACUGACCGGGAGACCGGGAAGCUGAAGGGGGAAGCGACGGUCUCUUUCGACGACCCUCCCUCUGCCAAAGCAGCUAUAGACUGGUUUGAUGGCAAGGAAUUCUGUGGGAAUCCAAUCAAAGUUUCCUUUGCUACCCGCCGGCCAGACUUCGUGAGAGGGGGCGGGAACAUGCGAGGGGGACGUGGCAGAGGAGAUAUGCCUUUUCGCUCUGAAGGGCCCAUGGGAAGAGGUGGGUUUGGGGGAGGCAGAGGAGGCGGCGGUGGGGGGGGCUUCCCCAGCAGCAAUGGAGGGGGAGGCCAGCAGAGAGCCGGGGACUGGAAGUGUUCAAACCCCGUUUGCGGAAACCUCAACUUCUCCUGGAGAAACGAAUGUAACCAGUGCAAAGCUCCCAAACCAGAGGGGGCUGGCGGGCCCCCUCCCAUGGGGGGCGGUUUUGGGGGUGAUCGCGGUGGCCGAGGAGGUUUUGACCGCGGUGGCUUCCGGGGGCGCGGUGGAGACCGGGGGGGCUUCCGAGGAGGGAGAGGGGGUGACAGGGGGGGCUUCGGACCUGGCAAAAUGGAUGGCAGAGGUGAACACAGACAGGACCGGAGAGACAGACCUUACUAAACUCUGAACACUCACCGGGACCAUGGUUUAUUUUUUAUUUUUGUAUUCUGUGUUAAGUUUGCUGUUCUAGUCCUGUUUUUUGAAAUGUCUUUCUGUAGAAAUAAAAUAGUUGUACCUGCUUCA